AUGGAACCACCGUCAACUCCGGCCACAUUCCUCCUCCUCCUCCUCCUCCUCUCCGCCACCGCCGCCGCCGCGCCCGCCGCCGCCGCCAACUCCUCCGUCUCUCCACCACCCUCGCCCUCCGCCUCCCCGCCGCCCCAUCAACCCCCGACCACCCCCUCCGCCCCUUCCUCCUCCUCCUCCGGCCUCGACCCGAAGCAGCUCCAAGCCCUCCAGUCCCUCAACAUCCCCAUCCCCAAGGACCCCUGCUCCCCGCUGUCCGCCGCCGCCGCCGCCGCCACCGCCUGCGACGCCGGCAAGCCCUUCCGCCACCUGACCUCCCUCCGCCUCGCCAACUGCUCCCCGGACGACGUCGCCCUCUCCUUCACCGCCCUCAAGUCCCUGUACCCCCUCCAGUCCCUCGCCUUCCUCAACUGCCCCGUCGCCCCCGUCCGCCUCCCCGCCGAGCUCGCCGCCUCCCUCCGCUCCUUCUCCUGCGUCCACAGCCUCCGCCACCUCACCGGCGUCUGGCUCUCCCGCCUCAGGAACCUCACCGACCUCUCCGUCUCCGACGUCCCCGUCAACGCCUCCGGCCUCUACGUCAUCCUCGGCAACAUCAAGAACCUCCGGUCCCUCACCAUCUCCCGCGCCAACUUCACCGGCUAUCUCCCCCGCCACUGGGACCUCAACAUCACCCACAUCGAUCUGUCCGGUAAUCAGCUCAAGGGACCCAUACCCUCCUCCAUUACCUUCCUGGAAAACCUCCAAUUGCUGAAUCUCUCCUCCAAUGCGCUCGCCGGAGUGAUACCCACCGAGAUCGGCAACCUGAUCUCGCUCAAGAACCUGUCUUUGGGGUAUUCGAUCUCCGGCAGCGUCCCGGAGUCGAUGUCGGCAAUCCCGGGCCUCAUCCACGUCGAUCUGAGCUCGAACCAGCUCAACGGGACCAUCCCCAAGUUCUUCACCGAGAUGAAAAGCCUCAAGUACUUGAAUCUUGAGAAGAACAACUUCCAUGGGAUCAUGCCUUUCAAUGAGUCGUUUAUCAAGAAACUAGUGGUCUUCAAGAUUGAGAACAGCAACCUGUGCUACAACCACACCGUCAUGUCGUCGAAAGUGAAGCUCGGGAUCGCGCCUUGCGACAAGCACGGGCUCCCGCUGUCGCCUCCGCCCGCAAAGGGGGAUUCGUCAGCGGACGACAGCGGCACAUCGGACUACAGCGACAGUGACAGCAGCGAUUCCGGCAAGAGUGGCCACCAUCACGGGCCGAAUAAGGUCGUUCUCGGUUUUGCGAUCGCGCUUUCCUCCAUCGUGUUCCUUAUUGUGUUCCUGGUUCUCCUAUCUAGAUGCUGUAAAUGAUGCAUAUACCAGAACUCAUUGCGGCUAAAUUAGGAAAUUAUAGAAGUAGAUGGGGGAGAAAUUUGGCAAGUUAGUGUUGAUUUUAAUUGUUUGAUUCGUCAUAUACAAAAGGGUGCUCGAGAAGAAGAGGGUUCAAUGGCAGAGAGGGGGGAUAACACAAGAUUGGCGAGAGAGAAUUGAAUUGCAGAGGAGUUAAUUUUUUCAUUAAUUAUUUCCCAUGUUGCUUUGGGUUAUUGUGUGUUAUAUAUAACUCAUAAAGGUGGUUGUUUUGCAUGUAUAUGCAAUGUUGAAAAUGCUAUCACCGUUUGAGCUUGAAAGUUGCAAGAUUUAAUUGCUAGUCCUCUGUUCAUUUGGGUAAACUAGAUUAGAUAUGAAAUUGGAAGCUCGAUUAAGUGUGGAUGAAUGCAUGAGGAGAGCGCCGUAGCUUUCGAGCUUUUCCCCCUGGAAAUUUCGAGAGCCGGGCUUUUAGUCUUUCUCAGAAAAAAAAAGAUGAUGCAAGAGAUCCAAACAUAAGUUUGUGUCUUUGAGAUGGUGACCAAACAUCCUAUUCAAGGAGUUAAAAGUAGCUUGUUGCAUUUGAAAACAUUGCUUGGAUUAGUAGGAUCAGAGGCGUCUAUGACACCAAUGUACUUUCUUAUGUUCCCCUAAUUAGCAUUUCAUUGACACAGUGACAAAACAUCCUAUUCAAGAUGUAGGAAAAAGUAGCUAGUUUCAUUUGUUGUAAGCAUUGCUCUGAUUAGUAGAAUUUAGAGGCUUGUACGACACCAAUGUAUCUCAUUAUUGUUCCCUAA